AUGACUUCAUCUGGGGUUGUGGCAAAAAGGGAUGAGGUCAAGGUCCAAAAGAACAACAUAUUACAUCCCUGUUCUUGUCCCGACGUAAAUCCAGCUCCUAUCAUAAUCAACAUCAAAAUGGCCCAAGAAGCAGCUUCCAAGGGCGGCAACAGCAGUCGCAACCAAACAACAUCAUCCGUCGCUGGAGGCACAAGUGCCGCACCCACACCAGCCAACAAUGUAGGUGGCGGCUCUGGCAUGGGAGACACGGUCUGGAACUCAGGCGACGACCAGGGGCCAGGCCAUGCAGACGCAACCGACGCCAGAUCAACGAUGGGUAGGUUCCUCGGUCUCAAUGACCAGAAAUCGCGCGCCCAGAACAAAUAUCUUCAGCGAGCAGGCUUGGCCGGCGACAGUUCCAGUUCCACGAAUAGUGGGGAGCCGACUUGUGCUAGUGAGGAUCAUUCAUUUAUGGGUCGUCAGCCUGGUGAGGCGGAUACUUUGCCUGGUUGGCAUACUAUUAGGGAUAAGACUGGCUUGAACCUUGGCCCGGGCAGGUAA